UGCUUUGUUUUUCGUUUUUAUUUCUAUUUUAUGAUGUUGGCUUUCUUUUAAACAAUUGCAAUUAAAACAAAAAGCGAUUUUUAUUGAAACCUGUAGAUUUUGUAAAGGUUGUCGGUCAAGCAGAAAUUAAAUAACGAUAAUAUUAGGAUGAUAUACAUGAUUUUUCUUGUAAAAGAAAUAAGUAUGUAAGAAUAAAAUUCUUAAAAAUCCAGGUUGCAGAUUGUUACAAUUGACCUACUUAAAAAAUUAUAAAAGACAGCUAAAAAAAUUGAAAUUUUUCAUGUAUUAAAAUUAUCGUAAGAGUAAAUUUGCCUAUUAUGACCGAAAUGUGCGAGGUUGCUUCCACACCUGAAAACUACACAUUUGAAUUAUCUUCUCACGCUAAUUCAAUACUAUCAGGUUUAAAUGAACUUCGUCUUUAUGAAAAACUUUUAGAUGUCACGCUAAUAGCUGAAGAUGCAGAAUUUAAGGUUCAUCGAGCUGUAAUGGCAGCAUGUUCAGAUUAUUUUCGAGCAAUGUUUACAGAUGCAAUGAAAGAAGCAAAUCAGGCAGAAAUUUGUUUAAAAGGUGUAACCGCACGUGGAAUCGAAUGUCUAAUUAACUACGCUUAUACUUCAAAAUUAAAAUUGGAUCGAAAUAAUGUUCAAGACAUACUUUCCGCAGCUAAUCACGUUCAAAUGAAUGCAGUUAUCGGUGCAUGUGCAAACUUUUUAGAAUCUCAAAUUGACUUAGAAAAUUGCGUUGAUAUAGCGACAAUCGCCGAAAUUUAUUCUUUAGAAAAGUUGAAACAAAAAACGUACAAAUAUAUUUGUUCGAGACUGAAAACUUUUUCUAAAACUAAUGAAAUCAAUCGCUUAACAUGGGAACAAUUUCUUUAUUUGCUAAGUUCUGAUUACCCUGUGGAUUGCCCAGAAGCAAAUAUUUUACAAAUUGUUAUUAAUUGGUGCAUAGCUCAAAACGUUGAUCAUGUUAUAAUACAAAAACUAAUCAAUAAAGUUCGUUUAGAUGAAAUAAAACAUUUUGAUCUCGAGAGUACUUUACGUUUAUUUCGUCCACAUUUUAGUGUGAAUCAGGAAAUAUAUUUUACAGUAUUGAAAAUAGUUGAACGUUCACAACCAAUAAAUAAAUUUAAUAUUUCGACAAAUAAUAGAUUACAACUAAAUAAUAAUACAAAUGAAACACAUGAGGAAAUUUUAACAAAUUCUAGAGGAAUGGAAUCAGCUUUAAUUAAAAUUGGGGGAUUUGGAGUAGACGGUAUAACAAAUAAAAUUACAUACUACUUACCUAGUCGCAAGAAAUGGCAUAACUUAACAGUAAUACCUCAUGUUGAACAAAGUAAUUAUGGCACUGCUGUUUUAGGGAACGAUUUAUACGUUGUUGGCGGAUGCUAUGACGUUUAUUUGAAAGAAUAUAUACAUCCAUUCGGUUUCCGAUAUUGCCCUAUUGCGAAUAAAUGGACAACAAUUGCUCCAAUGCAAAAUGAUCGUUGCAGAUUUUCAUUAAAUGCGAUUGGUUCAUGCUUGUAUGCUGUUGGUGGAGUCAGUGAUACAAAUGAAAGUGAUGAAGGUUGGAUUCAAGACAUACCAAUAUCGAAUUGUGAAAAGUAUAAUACAAACACAGAUACUUGGGAAUAUAUCGUUAAUUUGCCAGAAAAUCGAACUCAACAUGCGGGAGCAGUUUUAGGAUGCAAUCUUUACAUUUCAGGAGGAUUGGAUCGACAUAGAAUUUUGUCAUCGUUUUGGCGUUACAAUACCUUUUAUGAAAAAUGGGAAGAAUUACCUCCAAUGUUAGUGCCACGAACUGAUCAUAAUAUGCUUGCCAUCAAUAACAAAUUAUAUGUGUGUGGAGGGUGGUACGAAGAUCUUAUUAGUGAAACCCGUAGACUUGUACGAACUAUCGAUAGUUAUGACCCUGUACAAAGAACAUGGAUUGUUGAAACCGAAGUCCCAACACCAAAAUACCAUGCCGGUAUUGUUGCUGUUAAUAAUGUGAUAUAUAUUGUUGGAGGACUACAUUCUGACACAGUUUUUGAUCGGGCUUCUUCAGCAAUACAAUGCUUCAACAUUGAAACAAAAGAAUGGAGUCGUUUAGACGGAUACCCGGAAAGUGUUUGGGAAUGUAGUUGUGUUUCACUAUUCGUUCCAAAAUGUCGGGAGGAUUUGGAAGUUUUACCACAUAAAAAAGAGCCUCAUAGUGAUAAGUAAAUUUUUCCUUUUAAUUUAUCUUUAUUUAAGUCUUCGCAGAUUUAUCAGGGGAUAAGUGGUUCUCUUCGAACCACCCUUUGAGUUCCUUAGUUUUUAGACGAAAGAAUAUUUAUUAUUAUCCAUGACAAUAUACUUAUAUAAAAAUGUACAUAUACAUUUCGAAUAAAAAAAUUUACAAAAAAUUGAAA